ACACACAAAAUGGCAGCUAAGUUCGUAGUAUUCUUCGCCGCUUUGGCCGCCGCCAACGCCGGUCUCUUGUCCGCUCCAGCCAUCUCCACUUACGCCGCCGCCCCUGCCAUCUCUUACGCCGCCCCCGCCAUCGCCUCCUACGCCGCCCCCGCCAUCUCAUCCUACGCUGCGCCCGCCAUCUCCUCCUACGCUGCGCCCGCUAUCUCCACUUACGCUGCUGCUCCCGCCGUAUCUUACGCCGCUCCCGCCGUCUCCACUUACGCCGCCCCUGCCGUCUCCUACGCUGCCCCAGCCGUAGCCGUCGCUAAGGCCGCCCCAGUCGCCACUUCCUACUCUUACACCGCUCAGGCCACCCCUGCCGUAGCCUACGCCGCUCCCGCCGUAGCCGCCGCUCCCGUCGCCACUGUAGCUAGAAUCGCCGCCCCCGUCGCCACUGUAGCUAGGGUCGCCGCCCCCGUCGCCACUGUAGCUAGGUACGCCGCCCCCGUCGCCGCUGUAGCUAGAUAUGCCGCCCCCGCUGUCGCCGCUGUGGCCCCAGCCGUUAGGUAUGCCGCUCCCGCCGUGAGCUACGCCGCCGCCCCAGCCCUCAGCGUUGCCCACGCCGCCCCAGCCCUCAGCGUUGCCCACGCCGCCCCCGCUCUUAGCUAUGCCGCUCCCGCUGUAGGUCUUGGUUACUCCGGUUUGAGUGGUUACGCCGGUUUGGGAGGUUAUGCCGGUUUGGCUGGUUACUCCGGUUUGGCUGGUUACUCCGGUUUGGCUGGUUACUCUGGUUUGGCUGGUUACUCCGGUUUGGGAUAUGCCGGUUAUGGCGGUUAUGCCUCCGGUUAUGCUUCCAAAUAUUUCUAAGUGUUGAAACGUCGACUGGUGUUGUAAAUAUUUGAAAAUUUCUGUUGAGCAUUUUGUGUAAGGUUGUUGAUUUUGCUUUGUACGAAAUGUUG